GGAGAUUUCUUGCCGAUUCGAAUUUACAUGGGUUCGAAUGACAAUGUAACGACAACUGUUUCAUGUUGGGUUUCUUGGGUCUGAGGGUUUUUUUCUUCGUGUUCCCUUAAUUGAUUCAAGUUUUCAUUUUUUUUCUCUGGAAAAUUCUGGAUCAACUUUCUGGGAAAGUUUUGUCAGAUUCUCAGGGCAUGGAGGGAGAAGGAAAAAAAUUGAAGGGCAAAAAAGAAAAUCCGCAGAACCAUCAACGGAUUCUUGUGACCAUCAGUAUCGGUUCGUUCGAUGGCCAGUCUUGUCGAGAAUCCAUUUGAUCAUCGCUAAGGGAAUAACAUAAACUUUCUCUAGAUGUACUAAAAACCUAGAUUUUCUGUUGGAUUCGUGGUAGCAAGGCAUUGAAAAUCCCGCGGAUAGAUUUUUGUGUUCUUCUCUAAUUUAGUCUUCUUCUUCCUCGUCUCUCACCCGAUUCACCAAAAAAAAAUAUUGGGAACUCGUUUUUUUCCUGCGAAGUGUUUGAAAAACAUCGCUUUUUCGCGUCUCGAGAUUUUCUGGUGUGCGGGGAAAUUCAGCGGGGGAUUCCAUUAAACUUUCUGGGGUAGCUUCAGUUUCCAGGGAAAAUCGAGUUGAAUCCGAUUUCUGGAUCCGAAAAUCGGGUUUGAAAUCGAUUUUCCCCCAUCGUCGAUGACGAAAAUGAAACCAUCGGGUUCAUUGGAUAGCUGGAGAGACUAUUUCCGACGAGCAGAUUCUGAUAUCUUCGAGAUCAUUGAUCAUGCAAUCAUGGUCGCUGCCGCAGAUUGUCCGAAAGGGUUCAAGUCCCGGAGAGACAAAAUCGCCGAGCUUCUCUUCUCUUGCAGAGUGAGCAGAUGCAGCGGAUGCGACCAUCUCGAGCUGUCGGUUCCCGGAAACGACGGUGGAGACAGGGAGGAUUACCGCGGCGGAGCAGUCGCCGUCGAUGGUGGUGACGACGACGACGACGGCAAUUAUUUUGAUGGGUUUGCAGCUGGCGGUAGUAAGGAGAGUAAGGCUAAUAGUAGCAGAGGAGAUAAUCAUAUCGACGAGGCGACAAAUUUGAACAACAAUCAGAUUAUCAGCCAUUACAGCUAUGGCGAAGCUGAAGCAUUGAGCGAUGAGAUUGAAGAGACAACUGUGAUUGUUGGGGAGGUCACGAGGAUCAAAGAUAUCUUGCUCAACGGUGAAGAUCAGCCAAAGUCUGCACUUUUCGAAUCCCUGAGGAAGCUCCAGUUGAUGUCUUUGAGCGUGGAUGUUCUAAAGGCUACCGAAAUCGGAAAGGCUGUUAAUGGCAUGAGGAAACAUGGGUCUGAUAAGAUUCGCCAACUUGCAAAGACUCUCAUCGCAGAGUGGAAAGAGCUGGUGGACCAAUGGGUGAAUACCACCAAGGAAAUAACUGUUGCUGGAGGCACGCCGGAAUCUGCAAACCCGUCUGUAGUUGAUGAAGAAGAAGGGCUUCCCUCUCCUCCAAUGGAUGAAGGAGCUCUCUUCGCUACCGGACCUAUUGGAUUAGAACUCGGACAGUUCUUCGAUGGGAUGGAUGACUUCGAUGGAAAUCCUCGGAAUUCCGGAGAAUACAAUAGAAAACCACAAAAUAUCGUGAAGAGGAGACCCGAGAUUACAAAUGAAGUACGCCCAGUCGCCAAGGACAAGAGUAAACCAAUGCUGAGACAAGAAGCUCCUGUGAGAUCUAUUAAACCCGAUGGACCGAGAAGAACCCUGAAGCAAAGUAUAGAACAAGGGGCAAGGAACAUAAUGCCAUGUAUUAAAAAAUCCAAAAAACCUUCGAUCCAAAAGCCGAAUGUUCCAGGAGCUCAACAGGAGAAACUCAAGGGUCUGGACGAAGACGCAAAGUUUGAGUUCACAAAGAGGAAACUCCAAGAGAGCUACCAGCAACAUGAGAACACCAAGAGGCAGAGGACGAUACAGGUGCUGGAGACAAUCCCGAAGCCGCAACCGAGAAAACCCGGGAUGAACCACCGGAAUUGGGCAAAAGCUCGAAGAUAGGCAGGAGUUACCCUCUCUGUGUCGUAAAUUCUCAGACAGUAAAACAGAUUUUCGUCGAAGCCUGUCUUGGGUUCUCAUCAUUUAUUGUCAGCAUUACCAGAAGAAUCAAAGGAAGACACUGUAUACAUCACAGAGUAACCAUUUUAACAUUCUGAUCCCAAGGAGACAGGAACAAGCAGAGAGCAACAACUGAUCAGAAACACUCUGUUUUUGCUGUCUGGAGUCACCAUUGCAGAUAGGGUAACUUCUGUAGUUUUUUUUAAAAAAUAAUUUUUUCCUUCUUUCCUAUACAUCCGGUAUAGUCCCGGUCCGGUCCGGUCCGGUCCGGUUUGAGAUUCGAAGACAGAUUACGAGUUGACCAUCUCUGCACCCAACUUGACGGGCAAGCAAACCACGUGAUGGUUCUGGGGAAGAUUUGCCAAAAGAUUAUUAAAUUUUUAAUAAAUUAUAAACUUGUAGAGAGAUUUCUGUUGGUCAAUGUGAAAUACAUUUUCAUUUACAUUU